GUCAAUCGAGAGUUUAUUGAAGAAAUCUGAAUUGUGAAGAAUUAAUAAAUAUCAUUUAUUUAACCUAAACCGUAAAACUGCUAACAAGGAUAUUGAAAUUCUUAUUAAAUAAUUAAUAUAAUGUCGGCACUCCGGGCAAGAUUAGGAAUUCCUAUAGCGCGACGUUUACUAAAUCAAACUUCCAAAGCGUCUAGGAACCGGACAACUAUCAAAUCAUCAGCUGUUGAAUCAAAUUACAGACCGUUAGUAUUAGUGACCAGAUAUAGUACUGCCUCCGAUGAACAGCCAUCGGAAUCUAAAGGCAACCGGGAGAGGAAAGAGUUUCAAGCUGAAACUCGAAUGCUUUUAGAUAUUGUGGCCAGAUCACUCUAUUCAGAUAAAGAAGUAUUUAUAAGAGAAUUAAUUUCAAACGCAAGUGACGCUCUAGAAAAAUUCCGCUAUCUUACUGUGAGCUCUGUAGAAGAGUCUACUAAACUUGAUAAUGUGGACCGUGCUCUGGAAAUAAGGCUCACCACAGACAAACAAAACAGAACCUUAAUUUUUGAAGACUCUGGAAUAGGCAUGACAAAAGAGGAAUUAACUGAGAAUUUAGGCACUAUUGCGCGGUCUGGGUCUAAGUCAUUUAUAGAAGAGAUUAAGCAAAGAGGUGCUGAACAAGCGAAUACCAUUAUUGGUCAAUUUGGUGUCGGCUUCUAUUCUGCAUUUAUGGUGGCUGAUAAACUUGAGGUUUACACCAGAAGUUCAAAGAGUGGCUCUCCAGGAUACAAGUGGAGCUCUGAUGGGUCUGGGACAUACGAAAUUGAGGAAGUGGCUGAUGUACCAAUUGGAACCAAAAUUGUUGUGCACUUAAAAACUGACUGCAGGGAAUUUUCCGAUGAAGACACUGUCAGAAAUAUUAUAAAGAAAUACAGCAAUUUUAUUGGCAGUCCAAUAUUCUUAAACAAUGAGCAAGUUAACUCUAUUAAGCCUCUAUGGUUGAUGGAACCCAAGGAAGUUACCCACGAGCAGCAUGUGGAGUUUUAUAGAUUCAUCGGCAAUUCAUAUGAUAAGCCAAGAUUCACAUUACACUAUAAAGCUGAUGCACCGUUGAGCAUAAGGUCAAUACUGUAUGUGCCCGAAGGAAAGCCAGGCCUCUUCGAGAUGUCCAGGGACUCUGAUGUGGGCGUGGCCUUAUAUUGUAGAAAGAUUCUCAUCAAGAGCAAGGCUGAAAAUAUUUUGCCGAAGUGGUUAAGAUUUGUUAAAGGUGUUGUUGAUUCUGAAGACAUUCCAUUAAAUAUAAGCAGAGAAAUACUGCAGAACAGCGCUCUGAUCUCAAAGCUCCGCCACGUUCUUACAAAUCGUUUUCUGAAGUUUAUGAUUGAUAAUGCUAAAAAAGAUCCAGUCAGUUACGAUGCGUUUUACAAGGAUUACUCAUUGUUCUUCAAGGAGGGAAUUGUUACCAGCCAGAGUCCACUUGAGAAGGAAGAAAUUGGCAAGCUGUUAAGGUUCGAGUCAUCAAAACUUGAAAGUGGUGUGAAGACAUCAUUAGCUGACUAUAUUGCACGUCAAGGCAAUAAUCAACAGGAAAUAUACUAUUUGGCUGCCCCGAGCCGCGAACUAGCUCAGAUAUCGCCAUACUACGAAUCUCUGAAGAAGCGCGAUGUGGAAGUGUUGUUUUGCUACGAGAUGUACGACGAACUCGUGCUGUUAGAGCUGAAGCAGUUCGGCGGACGAGCCCUGGUCUCUGUCGAGAAUGACAUGCAGAAGGACCCAGCUGACAGUUCGGACACAAUCAUUGGGAGUGAUGACUUGCAACAGGGGCAAGUGGGCGAGUUGAUAUCAUUUCUCAAGACACUCCUCGUCGGAAAGGUAUUCGAAGUGAGAACAACUAACAAGUUGGACUCACACCCGUGUGUUAUUGUGGUCCCGGAGAUGGCAGCCGCGCGACACUUCAUCAGAACACAAGCCCAGGCGCUGAGUGAAGAGAACCGCUUUGCGUUACUUAGACCACAGCUGGAGAUCAAUGCUAAGCAUCCUAUAGUGAAGAAAUUACAUAAGCUUAUAUCAACUGAUAAGGAUCUUGCUAACAUGGUCGCUCAACAAUUGUUCUCGAAUGCCAUGGUCACCGCUGGACUAGUCGUGGAUCCAAGGAAUCUUAUCACAAAUAUUAAUGACCUCUUAAUGAAAGCUUUGGAGAAGCACUAGUUAUGAACUGAUAUUUUAAUAAAUUACUUAAUUGUU